GAAACAGCGUGUACACAAAGUUGAUAAACGAAAAGCAACUUCCUUUUAAGUACCGUUUCUCUUAUUUUCUUCUCUGCCUGCCUUCUUAAUUUCAUUACUUCACUUUCUUCUUCUUCUUCUUCUUCUUCUUCUCCUAUCUCUCUCCUUGUCUGGAAACUGACACAAAACGCAGGCAGAUGAGUCGUUUGGCCCCCUUAUCAGAAGAGCCAAUAAACGAAGACAACUCUGCAAACUGUUCGAAGAAAGGCCUGUCAUGGAAAAACUGGCUCAAAACUCAUCUCUCUCUUGUCUUUAACAAGAAGUCUGACCUUAAAAUCCUCUUAAGCGUUUUGGGUUGCCCUCUUUUCCCUGUUUCCGCCCUUUCCAAACCACCCAUCAAUGAGGUAUCAUCUUCAGCUCAAUACAUUAUACAACAUUUUACAGCAGCAACAGGAUGCCGGAAAUCGGAAGGAACAGUGAAGAACAUUUUUGUGACCGGGAAAGUAACAAUGGCAAUGGUAGAUGAGCUGGGUGCCACGGUAGGCUCGGUGGCUGGAGCUGCCGGAGUUGCGCAAAAAGGCUGUUUUGUUAUGUGGCAAAUGGUACCUAAUAAAUGGCUAAUAGAAUUGGUUGUGGGUGGUCACAAGGUUAUAGCAGGUAGUGAUGGCAAUGUGGCUUGGCGGCGCACGCCUUGGCUAGGAGCACAUGCAGCCAAAGGUGGUGUUCGUCCUCUACGCCGAGCUCUUCAGGGACUGGACCCUAUGGCAAUAUCAGCUGUAUUUUCCUCAGCUCAGUACAUGGGAGAGAAAAGAAUCUCCAGCACCGAUUGCUUCGUGUUGAAACUAUCUGCUGAUCAAGUGGACUUGGCUGAUCGGAGCGAUAGCACCGCGGAGAUGAUCAAGCAUGUCAUAUUUGGGUACUUCAGCCAAAGAAGUGGGCUGCUGGUGUUUCUAGAAGACUCUUACUUGACCAGGAUUCAGUCACCUGGAACAUACCCUACAUAUUGGGAAACCACAAUGGCUACCAAAAUUGAAGACUAUAGGUUAGUAGAAGGUGUCAUGGUCGCACAUUCCGGUCAAUCUAAUGUCAUCAUCACGAGAUUCGGUGACAAUUUAAAGGCAGGCCUCUCUGUUACUCGCAUGGAGGAGACGUGGACCAUCGACGAUGUUGCAUUCAACGUCCCGGGACUCUCCCUCGAUUGCUUCAUUCCUCCAAAAGAAGUCCAGAAAGAUUUCCCCGAUGAGAACUUGGAUUGGAGGUCGCCUUUGCAUCGGUGAUAAAAAGCCGAUGGUACAUGGUUGCUGAUUGCUUUCAAUUAAAAAAAAAAAAACCAAUGGAUUUCAAUGUCAUUUUAACUUUUUGACUGGAGUAGGCACUCAGAUUAAGCAUGUAUAUAUAUAAAAUCAGAUUAUAUAUAUUUGAGUCCAAGUGUUUAGGAACUAAAGAA